AUGUCAAUAGCUGAAGAAACUUACCUUGCGCAGAGAGGUAAACUUAUGGAUUACGAACGCUCGCUCUCAGCAAAGCCCGACGAAGCCAGAAAAGCAGUGGAAGAUCAAGCUGGUUCCUCCCGUCGCACCGUUUUGCCAAAAAUUAAGUUGUCGGAAUUUUCCGGGAAAUAUGAAGACUAUCCAGCAUUUCGCGACCAUUUUGUAUCCACUAUCGACAGCAACAAACAGCUUCCAACCGUGGAAAAGCUGCAUUAUCUACGGUCAUGUGUACAGAGAGAAGCCGCCUCGCUCAUACAAAACUUGCCAGCAAUUAAAGCAAGUUACAAAAAAGCCUGGCGUGAGUUAACAGACUUUUAUCAAAACACCCGGCUAUUAACGCGGUCAUAUUUAAGCAAGUUCCUCUCGCUCCAGAAAAUGAAAAAUGAUAGCGCGGUCGACUUGAAGCAGAAUUUUUAUACUACCGUCAACAUUCACGAUGCGUUAGAGAACCUCGAGCGGCCUGUGUCAAGCAGCAAGGACUUAUUUGUUCACAUUAUAUUUGAUCUCUUGGGCCCACGCACGAGAGACCUGUGA